GGCGGCGGAGGUCGUCGGGGGCGGCGGGCGGUGAGCGCGCUCCCGCUUCCCCGGCGGCGGCCGCAGGACAAUGGAGGUAGCUGUGGAGAAGGCGGCUCCGGCCGGGGGCCCCGCAGCGGCGGCGCCGAGCGGAGAGAACGAGGCCGAGAGCCGGCAGGGCCCGGACUCCGAGAGCGGCGGCGAGGCAGCCCGGCUCAACCUGUUGGACACUUGCGCCGUGUGCCAUCAGAACAUCCAGAGCCGGGCGCCCAAGCUGCUGCCCUGCCUGCACUCGUUCUGCCAGCGGUGCCUGCCCGCGCCCCAGCGCUACCUCAUGCUGUCGGCGCCCGCGCCGGGCUCGGCAGAGACCCCUCCACCCGCGCCCGCUCCCGCCCCCGCCCCAGGCUCCCCGGCCGGUGGUCCUUCGUCAUUCGCUACCCAAGUUGGAGUCAUUCGAUGCCCUGUCUGCAGUCAAGAAUGUGCUGAAAGACACAUCAUAGACAACUUUUUUGUGAAGGACACCACUGAGGUUCCCAGUAGUACAGUAGAAAAGUCUAAUCAGGUAUGUACGAGCUGUGAAGACAAUGCAGAAGCUAAUGGGUUUUGUGUAGAAUGUGUUGAAUGGCUCUGCAAAACAUGUAUUAGAGCUCACCAGAGGGUGAAGUUCACAAAAGACCACACAGUCCGGCAGAAAGAAGAAGUAUCUCCAGAGGCAGUUGGUGUGACCAGUCAGCGACCAGUGUUCUGUCCAUUCCAUAAGAAGGAGCAGUUGAAACUUUACUGUGAAACAUGUGACAAGCUGACAUGUCGGGACUGCCAGCUGCUAGAGCACAAAGAGCAUAGAUAUCAGUUUAUAGAAGAAGCUUUUCAGAAUCAAAAAGUGAUCAUAGAUACACUAAUCACCAAACUGAUGGAAAAAACAAAAUAUAUAAAGUAUACAGGAAAUCAGAUCCAAAACAGAAUAAUUGAAGUAAAUCAAAAUCAAAAGCAGGUGGAACAGGAUAUUAAAGUUGCCAUCUUUACGUUGAUGGUGGAGAUAAACAAGAAAGGGAAAGCCCUGCUGCACCAGCUUGAGAGUCUUGCAAAGGACCAUAGAAUGAAACUUAUACAACAACAGCAGGAAGUGGCUGGACUUUCCAAGCAGUUAGAGCAUGUCAUGCAUUUUUCUAAAUGGGCUGUUUCCAGUGGCAGCAGUACAGCAUUGCUUUACAGCAAGCGGCUGAUUACAUAUCGGUUACGGCACCUUCUUCGUGCAAGGUGUGACGCUUCUCCUGUGACCAACAACACCAUCCAGUUUCACUGUGAUCCUAGUUUCUGGGCCCAAAAUAUUAUCAACUUGGGUUCUUUAGUAAUCGAAGAUAAAGAGAGCCAGCCACAAAUCCCUAAGCAGAAUCCUGUCGUGGAACAGAGUUCCCAGCCACCAGGUGGUUUACCUUCCAACCAGUUAUCCAAGUUCCCAACACAGAUCAGCCUAGCUCAGUUGCGACUCCAGCAUCUGCAGCAACAGGUAAUGGCUCAGAGGCCACAGGUGCAGCGGAGGCCGGCACCUGUGGGUUUACCACACCCUAGGAUGCAAGGGCCCGUCCAGCAGCCUUCCAGCUCUCAUCAGCAUCCGCCGCCACGUUUAAUAAACUUUCAGAACCACAGUCCUAAACCCAAUGGGCCAGUUCUUCCUCCUUAUCCUCAACAGCUGAGAUAUCCACCCAACCAGAAUGUGCCACGACAGAUAAUAAAGCCCAACCCCCUGCAGAUGGCGUUUUUGGCUCAACAGGCCAUAAAACAGUGGCAGAUCAGCAGUGGACAGGCUCCGCCCACAACUGCCAGCAGCUCUUCCUCCACUCCUUCCAGUCCCACAAUCACAAGUGCAGCAGGAUACGAUGGAAAAGCUUAUAACUCACCCAUGAUUGAUCUGAGCGCACCAGUGGGAGGGUCUUACAACCUUCCGUCUCUUCCAGAUAUUGACUGUUCAAGUACUAUCAUGUUGGACAAUAUUGCAAGGAAAGAUGCAAGUGCAGAUCAUGGCCAGCCAAGACCUCCAUCAAACAGAACAGUGCAGUCACCAAAUUCAUCAGUGCCGUCUCCAGGCCUUGCAGGACCUGUUACUAUGACUAGUGUCCAUCCCCCAAUACGUUCACCUAGUGCCUCCAGCGUUGGGAGCCGAGGAAGCUCUGGCUCUUCUAGCAAACCAGCAGGAGCUGAUUCUACACACAAAGUCCCAGUAGUCAUGUUGGAGCCAAUCCGAAUAAAACAAGAAAACAGUGGACCACCUGAAAAUUAUGAUUUUCCUGUUGUUAUAGUAAAACAAGAAUCAGAUGAAGAAUCUAGAACUCAAAAUACUAACUAUCCAAGAAGUAUACUUACUUCCCUCCUCUUAAACAGUAAUCAGAGCUCUGCUUCUGAAGAAGCUGUGUUACGAUCUGAUGCUCCUGAUAGCACAGGAGAUCAACCUGGACUUCAUCAGGAAAACUCCUCAAAUGGAAAGGCUGAGUGGCUGAAUGCCUCCCAGAAAUCCCCUGUGCAUGUCGGGGAGACAAGGAAGGAGGAUGACCCCAAUGAAGACUGGUGUGCAGUUUGUCAAAAUGGAGGGGAACUCCUUUGCUGUGAAAAGUGUCCUAAAGUAUUCCACCUCACUUGUCACGUGCCCACAUUGACAAAUUUCCCGAGUGGAGAAUGGAUUUGUACUUUCUGCCGAGACUUAUCUAAGCCAGAAGUUGAAUAUGAUUGUGAUGCUCCCAGUCACAACUCAGAAAAAAGGAAAUCUGAAGGCCUUACUAAAUUAACGCCAAUAGAUAAAAGGAAAUGUGAACGCCUGCUUCUGUUUCUUUACUGCCAUGAAAUGAGCCUGGCUUUCCAAGACCCUGUUCCUCUAACUGUGCCUGAUUAUUAUAAAAUAAUUAAAAACCCAAUGGACUUGUCAACCAUCAAGAAAAGACUUCAGGAGGAUUAUUGCAUGUAUACAAAGCCUGAAGAUUUUGUAGCUGAUUUUAGAUUGAUCUUUCAGAACUGUGCUGAAUUCAAUGAGCCUGAUUCGGAAGUAGCCAAUGCUGGUAUAAAACUUGAAAGCUAUUUUGAAGAACUUUUAAAGAAUCUUUAUCCAGAAAAAAGGUUUCUGAAACUAGAAUUCAGGAAUGAACCAGAAGAUAUUAAGUUCAGUGAUGACUCGGAUGAUGACUUUGUACAGCCCCGGAAGAAGCGUCUCAAGAGCCUGGAGGACCGCCAGCUGCUUAAGUGAGCAGCUUCAGGCCAUACACUUUCUAAGAAAAUUUCCUUUCCAAAAAUAAAGAACAAAAACCUUGUCAGUGAUUUAACAUAAUCGUGACAAAGGAGGGUUUGUGACCUUUCUGAUCUGUUUUUGCUGUUUACUAGACUUUGGUUUUUAAUAACCCAUUUCUUUAACCUCUUGUCAUUGGUAAUUUAAAAAAGAGGAAGGAAGGAGAUGUUUAGAAGAAUAAAAGGAGGA